AUGUUGGGCAACUUCUACAAGAGGGAGGGACACUAUAGGAUCAAGAUCAAGACUGUGCAUCACAACCACACUGCUUCAGGCGAUCCAUACAUUCAUCCAAUCCAUAGACAAUUGACUGACUCCCAAAAAGCAAGGGUCACAGAAUUAACCCACGCCGGUGUCGCCCCCCUGAAGAUUAAGUCGGCAUUAGUUCAAGACACAAAUGACCCCUUGCACGCCACACUGAACACGAUUUACAAUCACCGAGGGAAGAUGUUCAAUGAAGAGCUUGAUGGACGCACACCGUUUGAAGCUCUUGUCCAUCAAAUCUGCAAACACCAAUUCUACUUCAUGAUGGACAGUGUUGAAGGUUGUCAGCCGCAGUGA